CAUGCCAUUAAACCCCAAUUAACUCCCAUCCGUUACACAUCAUUUUUGGGUAUAAAUAGGGGUCUUUUGGGUCUACUUUUCACAACCAUUCCUCACACAUUUCAUAGCUUUACAUUGCAUCAUUCCAUAAACUUUUUACAUAGCUUUUUAGAGCCAUUUCUUGAGGAAUUGAGUGUGUUCUUGAUCUAAAUUAGUUUACUCAUAUUCUACUCUUUAAGAGAGUUCUUGUUCUUGAGUGGUUAAGUGUUGUGAACACUUUAAGGGAGCCCAAAGAAGGAGAAGAAAACAUCAAUGCUCCAUGGUUGUAUACUAAGGAGGAAGAAGAAGAAGCAAGAAGAAAACCAUAAAGUCUCAAAAUCCUGAAACCAAAACACAUCAGUCCACUUUGAGGAACAUCCGGAAGGUAUCAUAGAGAAGGUUCCGUGUUGGAAUAUUGAAGUUAGUGAGUUAAUCGUCGGAAUCAUGUUCAUCGACAUACCCGAAAUUCUGGACAGCGACUAUCCCUUGACUUCAGGUCCGAUUUACGCUAUCUUACAUAUGUUAAAACGAAAUACUUUCUAUACGAAAGUUGUAGCCUUACAUCUUAGGAAUCCACAGAAUCAAACGGUUUGCAAUUUCGUGAAGAAACGAUGGAGAUAUGCCCAAAUUACCGCAGGCUGUCCAGUUGUGACGGAAAUGACAAAGUUGGUGAAUUUCGAUGUUGUUUCCACUCCCGCUCAUCCGUAAGGUUUCGGCCGAUGAUUUCCAGGUAUGUACCCUUGCGUUAGACUUUUCGAAUCAUUCAUUACAUACGUACAUGAACAUAUAUAUUAAUCCAUAUGUUGAAACCAUCCCAAAAUAUAUAUGUGAUGCAUAUAUAAGUCAUCUAUAUGUUCAGAUCAAAAUACACCAAUCCAUAAAGUUAAUAUACACAUAAGUAAAUAUAAACUUUGGAAAUCAACCCAACAAUAUGUAUAGAUUAAUAAAAGGUGUUUAAAAGACUUAAAGAAGUAUUUUGGACACUCAAAAUAUCAAGAGAAAGAUUCGCAGACCCAAACGGUUGACACAAACGGUCGACCGUCAUAUUAAACUUCGAAACGGACCACUACUGUCAGCAAAACGGUCGACCGCCGUCGGCGAACGGUUGAUUGUCGCCAGCCCAGCAGAACGCCGCCGUUCCAACAAGUCAACAACGGUCGACCGCCGGUCAACCACGGUCGACCGUCACGGUGAUCCAGAAAUCCGACGAGUUGAAAUAUAGCACGGUCGACCGCCGUGCUAAACGGUCCACCGUUCUGAGACCCGUAGCUUAAUUAAUUGAUAUUUUUAUCAGAUUUCACCCAAAUAAAAUAAAGUAUAUUUA